AUGGGUGCUGAAUUAGACUUUGUAGAUGAGACCAAGCUAACAAGGCCAUUCGACCUUGUUGAAAAAAUGGAGUACUUAUUUGUGAAGGUUGUCGAGGCCAGAAACUUGCCCAUUAGACACAACUUUUAUGUGGAAGUUAAAGUAGGAAACAUGAUAGCAACAACCCGGUUCUUAGGGAAUUCAUCCUAUAAAUGGAAUCAAGUGUUUGCUUUUGAGAAAGAUAAAAUUCAUGUCACGGAUGUGGAUGUUUUGGUGAAGGAUCAGAUGAGGGCUGAACCAAACCCGCAAGCAUAUUUUGGUCGUGUUCGAUUUUGUAUCAUUGAUAUUCCAAUGCGGAUUCAACCAACGGCUCCUGUGGCAUCAGAAUGGCAUAAGCUAGUGGAUGAAACUGGGACACAGGUUGGUCUAGGAGAUAUCAAGUUAUCUGUGUGGAUAGGAACUCAAGCAGAUGAAUGUUUUCCUGAUGCUUGGUUUUCAGAUGCCACAAGAAUGAGCGGUGAUAGUGUUGCUUAUACUCGUCACAAGAUAUAUACAUCACCAAAGCUUUGGUAUCUCAGAGUCCAUGUGAUUCAAGCACAGGACUUGUUGCUGAGACCUGACAUUUUGAGUUCAGAAAUUUUUGUCCAAGUUGAUUCGGGAAGCGUGCGUGUGAGAACAAGUCUUUCUAAAAACAUGGGUGCAAGUGCAAUUUGGAACGAGGAUUUGUUGCUUGUUGCACAAGAACCUUUUCUUGACACUCUUGUCAUGAGCGUUGAGCAGGGGACAUUGGCAGAGCAUGUAAGCUUGGGAUGGCAUAGGCUUCAAUUGACAAGCGUGGUUAAGAGAACAGGUGUUGGUAAAGUGGACAUGGAAUGGUAUAAUCUUGAUAGGCCUGGAGUCAUUGAGACUGCAAGGGAGGUUAAGUUUGCUAGUAAGAUUAAUGCAAAGAUCUCUUUGGAUGGUGGCUAUCAUGUAAUGGAUGAGCCUAUUCAUUAUAGUAGUGAUUUUAGGCCUUCGUCAGAGAUACUUCAGGAACCGGAAAUUGGAGUUUUGGAACUGGCGAUCAUAAAGGCAACUGAUUUGGUGCCAAUGAAGAUGCAAACCAGAACAGAUGCAUAUUGUGUUGCUAAAUAUGGCCCAAAAUGGGUUCGAACAAGGACAGUUGUUGAUAGCCUCUCACCAAAGUGGAAUGAGCAAUAUGUUUGGAAUGUUUAUGAGCCAUGUACAGUUAUUACUAUUGGAGUUUUUGACAACAACCAGUUAGAUGCUAACGAUAGAGCUAGAGGAGCAAGUGAUAUUCUAAUGGGUAAGAUUAGAAUUCGGCUAUCAACACUUGCCCUUAACAAAGUCUAUACAAAUUCUUAUCCCAUUAUAGGUUUGCACCCUUCAGGGGUGAAGAAGAUGGGAGAAAUCCAUUUGGCAGUGAGGUUUUCUUCACUUGCUUCAUAUGGUAUGGCUGCUAGGUUUUAUACCUACAUUCGACCUUUGUUUCCAAAACAUCACUAUUAUUUCCAACUGUCUUCUGCUCAGAUUGAUAAUUUAAGAAAACAAGCUGUUAAUGUUAUAGCAUACAAGUUGAGCACUAAAGAUCUACCACUGAGAAAAGAGGUUGUGCAUCUUAUGCUGGAUUUGAGGCCAGACAUGUGGAGCAUGAGAAAAGCAACAAUCAAUUAUAAAAGGGUCACGAGUCUUAUUGGUGACUUUGCUGCCUUAUGGAAAUGGUUACCGGACGUACGAAAUUGGAAGAAUCCACUUGAUACAUUGUUUGUUACCAUCUUGUGCUACCUUGUGCUUUUUUGCCCAAUGGUCAUUUUUCCCUCUGUGAUUUUGGGCAUUUUUUGUGUUGCGUUGAAGCGUUAUCCCAAGAGGCCUAAGCAACCUUGUCAUAUUGAUGCACAAUUGUCUAGUGCUGGUAUAGCAACUCGUGAGGAUCUAGAAGAAGAACUUGAUACGUUUCCAACACAAAUUGAAGGGGAAACUUUAAGGAGGAGGUAUGAUAGAUUGCGUGUAAUUGCUGGCGAUGUACAAAAAAUGGCUAAUGACUUUGCCACCGUUGGAGAGAUUUAUUUUUUUACUAUUCGUGGGGUCCUCGCCGUCUCAAUCCUAUGGUUUCUAGUGGGUUCAAGAAUCCAGAAUAUGUUGGGUUUCAGGAUCGGACUUGAGAAUUUGAUCACUAGGCUGCCCUCCAAUCGAGCUUUUAUACUUUGA